AUGUCAGAGAAGACGCAACAGGACUCGGUGGAGUGUGCUACUCAGGCAUUGGAGAAAUAUAUAGAGAAGGACACUGCAACCCGUAUCAAGGAGUUCAACAAGAAGCACAACCCCACCUGGCACUGCAUCGUGGGGAGGAACUUCGGUAGUUAUGUGACACGGGAAACCAAACACUUCAUCUACUUCUACUUGGGCCAAGUGGCCAUCCUGUUCUAAUCUGGUUAAAAGCAUGGGACUGUGCCA